UCAAUCGAACUAAAAUAAACAUUCAACAAGUUGAUUGUUGUCGUUAAUCAAAAAUUGUGUUGACAUUCCUUUAAUCCUUUCGUUUUUUACUUUUACUUUUCUAACAUAUUUCUAGUUUUUAUUAUGAACAUUUAUUUAUUUGCAACUGUAUCCUAUUGAUGUUGUCAUGGCAAACGGUGGAUGGCGUGAAUGCACAAAUUGGCUAACAAGGUGUGGCGCGAUCAGAGCUGAUCAUAAAGUCAAUUGGCCAGAAUCUACAAUCGACGAUUUAGCUCAUACACUUAGGGAUGGAGUAAUUUUAUGCAAUCUUUUAAACAUUCUAGAGCCAGGAUGUCUUGCAACAAAAGAUAUAAAUCAAAAACCACAAAUGGCCCAAUUCUUAUGUUUAAGAAACAUAAAAACAUUUCUGCAAGUAUGUCAAGAAGUUUUUGAUGUUAAAGAGUAUGAUAUAUUUGAUCCAAUUAUACUGUUUGAACUAUCUGAUUUUUUCAAAGUUAUUCGUACUUUAUCGAUUCUAUCACAAACUCAAAAGUUGCAAAGACUUCACAUACCUGGAUUUGUUGUUACUAAACCAAGAACAUUAUCACAAGAAGACAUAUACAGAAACAUAAAUUCAUUAGACCUUGUAUCUUCAAGAAGUGCUUUAUUAGAUUCUUUUCAUGAAAAUGAAUAUACCAGUUACGAUACUCAUAUUCGAAAUGAAGAAAUUUAUCAUGAUUUAUGUGCUAUUGACAUUCAAUCUUCACUAUCUAUAUCAGAGAAUCCUGUAGUUCCACAACAAAUAAUUGAAAAACGAGAUUAUGUCAUAAAUGAAUUGGUUGAAACUGAAAAAAAUUAUGUUGAUGUAUUACAAACACUGUUAAAAUGCUUUAUUAAACCACUAAUAAAAAUAAUGAAAGAAGAUGACUUUUGUACAAUAUUUCAAGGAAUAAAAGAACUUCAUGAAAUACACAAAGAUUUUCAUUUGGAUUUAAUAAAAGCUUGUUCACAGUAUAGCUCCUUAAGGCUAUCUGAUGUCUUUCUUAAUUGGAAGGAUAAGUUUCUAGUUUAUGCAGAUUAUUGUGCAAAUCUUACCACAGCUCAAGAUCGAAUACAAGAUAUUUGCAACCAAAAUGAACAUAUUAAUAGAGAAGUUAAUCGAUGCCAAGAAGAAGCUAAUAAUGGAAAAUUUAAAUUACGAGACAUCUUGUCUGUACCAAUGCAAAGGAUACUUAAAUACCAUUUAUUAUUAGAUAAACUAAUACAUGAUACUCCACAGACACACAAAGAUCUUCCGGGAUUAGAAUGGGCAAAAGAGUGUAUGGUAGACAUAGCUCAAUAUAUAAAUGAAGUAAAGAGAGAUAGUGAUACUUUGCAAAUUAUUAAUGAUGUUCAGAAAAGUAUUGUUGAUUGGGAUAUUGUUGGAAUGACAGAACUGAAAAACUAUGGUCACUUAAUUGCUGACGGUGAACUAAAAAUAAAAGCUCAUAAUGAUCAAAAAUUAAAACCAAGAUAUGUCUUCAUUUUUGACCAAGUUGUGUUGAUGUGCAAAUCAAUUAGAUUCAUUGGUUUCCAGAGUGAUCAAUAUUCUUUUAAGCAAUCACUUCUUAUAUCACAAUAUCGUCUUGAAGAUAAUACUAGUCGCAAAUUCUUGUAUAGAGAAAAUAGAUGGUCCCAUCAGUUUCACAUGAUCCACAAGUCAGAAAGCACUGUAUAUACAUUUUAUGCAAGAUCUGAAGAACAAAAAAUGAAAUGGAUGAAGGCUAUUCAAGAUGCCAUGGAUAACAUUGAACCGUCAGUAUGCAAUUCAACAAGUCACAAAUUUGUAAUGCAAACAUUUGACAUACCAACUGUAUGUUAUCAUUGUUCAAAAUACUUAAAAGGCUGUAUAUUUCAAGGUUACAAAUGUGAAGAAUGUUUUAUCAGUGUUCAUAAAUCAUGCAUACCAGAAUCAGGGAGGUGUGGUUUAAUUAGUCCACAAUCGACUACCACUCAAAAUACAAUGUUUUCUAAUCGAUUUCCAGCAGAUAAUACUAGUUUCAAUCAACGACACAGAUCACCAGAUUGGACAAGGAAUUGGUCGGAUAAUGAUACUUUAACAGAACAUUUGUGGUUUGUUGGGGAAAUGGAUAGAGAUCGAGCAACAAAUUUAUUGGAAAGUGAAUCUGGUGGUACCUAUUUAGUACGAAUACGACCUCAAGGACCUACUAGACCAGUAGAAACUGUUUAUGCAUUAAGUUUAAAGUAUACUAAUUUACAAUUAUUCAUCAAAAUUAAAAAUAUAUUUAUAAUACAUGUAAUAAUAUUUAGAUCCAAUAACCAAGUAAAGCAUAUGAAAAUAUGUGAAAGAUUAGAAGAUGGAAUAAGCAGUUUUUAUUUAUCAGAAAAACGGUUCUUUCCCAACCUUGUUGAAUUAGUUAAUUUUUAUGAACGUAAUAGUUUGAGUGAAAAUUUUACUGGAUUGGACAUAAAAUUGAAAUGGCCGUUUUGUCGAAUACUUGCAAUAGCAAAAUAUAAUUUUUCUCCCACUGAAUCAAACCAGUUACCAUUAAAAGAAGGAUGUACAUUAAAAAUUUUGAGUAAAGAAGGGGAUCAAAAAGGAUGGUGGAAAGGACAAAUAGGAGACAAAGUAAUUUACUUUAUUAUACUAACAUUUUCAAUGAUUAUAAAACAUUUAAAAAAAUAUAUUUCAAUACUUAUUUUCAGAUUGGUUUUUUUCCAAAAGUGUAUGUACAAGAACACUCACAAUAUACAUUAAAAAUAUCAAACCAAAUUAGAAUUUGAAUUUUUGAGAUGUAACAAAAUGAUUAAUUCUUUUACAACCAGAGUUAGAAAAUAAGUUAUGAGGCUCAGGACCAAACGUAAUCAUCUGCAAUAUUUCACUGAAAAAAAGUUCAUAAUAUAUUAAGUUUAUUUUACAAAUAAUCAAUGUCAUACAUGGUUAUUUAUUUUAUCUGUAAUAAGUCUCAAAAAUAAUAUAUCAUACAUUUUAACAAUUUCAAGUAAAUUUAAUAAAUUUAAAAUUCAUCAUUGAUAUUAAAGUUUAUUAAGUUGAUGAUGAAUAAUAUUUUAUUUUACAAGCUAUAGCCUAUAAGAUUAAUAUAUAUUUAAUUAAAUAUUUAUUAUUUUGUAAAGAUAAAGUAUAUAUUAAAGUUGUGCCCAUAAUUUAAAAUGUUUCAACGUGUCAAACAUUUAUAUAUAUUUUUUUACUUUUUUAGUCAUACUGUAAAAAAAAACCGUGUCAUUAUUUUUUAUUAAGAAUUUUAUAACUUAUAUAUAGUAUACUUUUGUUGAGAAAUUUCAAUAUUAAUGAUUCUAAAUGGUAUAUAAAUAAUAAAUAUGUUUAAGUACAUAAAAAGUAUAUUAAAUUAAUUGUACUCAUUAUAUAAUUACUUUUAAAACUAUCGAAGCAAGUAGUAAUCAAUAUUUAUAAUGUUUAUAUUUUUAGUUUUUAUAGCCUAGCCCUAUUUGUGUUUUAUGUUAAUUAAUAAUUGUUCAAGUUUAUGAUACAUUCAAAUAUUUAAAUAUAUAGUAAAAAUAAUGUAUCCCUCCUAGUUUCUCUAUUUAGAGAAAUUUUUUUAUACAUAUUGAUUAAAUAUAGAUGAAAUAUGUUAAAAUGUAUAAACUAUAUUAUGUUUUAAGUUACUUAAAUAUUUUUAAAUAUUUAUAUUUUGGCCAGUGGCUUUUAAUCCAAUAAAUUAAUAAAAUAUAGACAAAUAAAUAAUAGAUUAUAAUUUAUCAUCAUUCA